UUACCAAAAAGUAAUAAUUUUUUUUACCAAAAGUAAAUGAGAUCGUUUCAUCACCUGAGAAGCCAACGAAAUCAGUCGAAUAUCCUUGCGCAUUAUUUGCGGCUUAAUCAAAUCGAACCAGCACAUCUUCACUAUGAAAGGUUAUUUCAUUGAGCCAUUGUCGGAAUUCAGACACAACAACAAAAUAGAUGUAAAGAGGCAACAUAAGUGAAACAAAUAAAAGAGUACGAAAAUAAAAUAGUCAAAAUACUAACAAAUGAGACCUCUAGCUCAAAUAAAGGUAAAAAAAAAAAGAAUAUUAAUACACAAAUAGCCAUUUAAAUUCUAAAUUACAAUACAACAAGCCACAAAGCAAAAAAGAAUAAUCAAUCAGUUGGUGUAUAAACCGUUUGAUUUGCAUUCGAGUUUCACCUUAUGUGAAGGCCGGCGACCCCAAAGUUUACUUAUGUGGUACCCGUCGAAGAGCUUUUUUCAUAUUUUUUGUUCCUACCAGAUACGAGUAAUCAAUAGGAAUGGCAAUGGGGCAGGUGCGGGGCGGGUAUCUCGAUACCCAUACCCGCCUCAUGUCAGGUCGGGUAAUUUAUCACGGGGCGCGGGUCGGGGCAGGUCGACCCAUUGGGUAUGUAAUUUAUGUGAAAAACAUUAGAAAUAUUCGUUCUUUUCAUUGAAAGACCAAGAAAGAAACCAUAAUAUGAUAAAAUGUAGUUAAAUUAUUGAAGAAAUUGAGGUUUUCACUUAUUUACAACUUUAUUAUAGCUAAAAUAUAAUGUAAUAAGAAGAAAAUCUUAAGUAAUUUAACUAAUAUUAUAUGUAAUUUAGGCAAGAACGGGUCGAGAAUGGGGCGGGUCAGGGCAGGUCGGGUCGAUGAGAGGUACCCAUGCCCGCCCCGCCCCAAAACAGGUCAAACAGGUCGGGUAAAUUGGGUCAGGUCGAAAUUGCCAUCCCUAGUAAUCAACACACAUUGUUUAUAAGAAGUAUGUUCCACACGCUGAUUGCUUGACUAAUCUAGGAUACUCGCUCUUUGUUGGUUCCCACACUAUUCUAGCACCUGACAGUGCAAUUUCUUACCGUCUCCUGAGCCAUGAAGUUACUACGGUUCAAACAAUCCGUUUUAUUAUUGAAUAAAUGUUGGACGCCCUUUAAACACUAUAUCAUAGUAUCACGAGGAACAAGUAGUUUAGUUAUAAAAAUAUAAGUAAUGCCAUAAUGAAAUUUACCAAAAAGUAAUAAUUUUUUUACCAAAAGUAAAUGAGAUCGUUUCAUCACCUGAGAAGCCAACGAAAUCAGUCGAAUAUCCUUGCGCAUUAUUUGCGGCUUAAUCAAAUCGGACCAGCACAUCUUCACUAUGAAAGGUUAUUUCAUUGAGCCAUUGUCGGAAUUUAGAUACAACAACAAAAUAGAUGUAAAAGAGCCAAUAUAAGUGAAACAAAUAAAAGAGUCAUCGAAAAUAAAAUAGUCAAAAUACUAACAAAUGAGACCUCUAGCUCAAAUAAAGGUAAAACAAAAAAAAUAUUAAUACACAAAUAGCCAUUUAAAUUCUAAAUUACAAUACAGCAAGCCACAAAGCAAAAAAGAAUAAUCAAUCAGUUGGUGUAUAAACUGUUUGAUUUGCAUUAGAGUUUCACCUUUUGUGAAGGCCGACGACCCCAAAGUUUACUUAUGUGGUACCCGUCAAAGAGCUUUUUUCAUAUUUUUUGUUCCUACCAAAUACGAGUAAUAAACACACAUUGUUUAUAAGAAGUAUGUUCCACACGCUGAUUGCUUAACUAAUCUAGGCUACUCUCUCUUCGUUGGUUCCCACACUAUUAUAGCACCUGACAGUGCAAUUUCUUACCGACUUCCGAGGGGUUUUUUCCAUAAUUAUUGUGAUUAAAAAAAUCGAAAUGCAGUGGUUGAAAAAAUAAUUCCCAAUCUAUUGUCUCUAAACCGGAAUUGGGGCGCACGCGCCCCAAUUGGGUUCUCCAACAGAGAAAAAUCCUAAUAUGGGUGUCCGCGCCCCAAUUUAACACGACAACUGCCAAAAGACAAAUUGGGGCGGCAAAAAGCCCAAUUGGGGCACGCGUGCCCCAAUUGGGUUUGUUGCCGCCCCAAUUAGUCUUUUUUCGCCCAGAUACAUAUGUACAGCUUGUAUCGUCUUCUUCCUCCAUAUUUCCCCAAUUAAGUCGCAGGGAAACUCCAUCUAAAGCCUACUGGAAAUCACCCCAUCCAUUAACCCGUAUGAAAUCGCCUCCCUUUAUCGAUUGCCCAAACCCGUCAGAAAUCAACUUCUCUCCAACUCUCCUUGUUCAUUCCGCCGACCAUGGAAGGUGAAGAGGUUGACGGUGGAGGAGGGCACCACGUCGACAAUCCCGACCGAGGUGGCCGAAUGAGAGGCAGAGGUUUUCCCCAAAUUAGACCUAAGCUUGUUUCCGUUUGUUUUGCCUGUUGGUCUAUUCUGGGACGUUGGGAAAAUUGUACGUUGAAAAGCAAAUUGGGGCGAGAAUAAGUCCAAUUGGGGCGUAUUCUCGCUCCAAUUGGCUUAUUGACGCCUCAUUUAUUUAUAUUUGUUGUGUACAGGCAUGCGCGCCCAAAUUAGGCUUUCUACCCAACAAAAUGCCCAAUUGGGACGCACGCGCCUCAAUUACGGUUUAGACACAGUAGAUUGGAAAAUAUUUUUUCAACCACUACAUUUUGGAUAAUUUUUUUUAAAUCGCAAUAAUUAUGGAAAAAACCCACUCCUGAGCCAUGAAGUUACUACGGUUCAAAUAAUCCAUUUUUAUUAUUGAAUAAAUGUUGGACGCCCUUUUAAACGCUCCAUCGUUGGUCGUUAGGAGACGAGCCAUCCAAAACUCCGCGUUUCACUUAAUCAUCUUAUUCUCAUUGGUGUAAUGGUAAAAAUCAUGCUCUUGCCCUUUUUUUUUUAUAACAAAAAUCAUGCUCUUGCCUCUUGGUCUUGGUAUUUUCAUUGCUUUGUUCCUCAGUUAAUACCCCAGCGGCCACAGGGAUUGAGGGAGACGCUCGGGGAGCGAUUCCAAUUCGUGAAUUUCGUUUGCUUCCGUGUUGCUGUAGUGUAGUUGCUGCCGGCGCCAAUCGCUGUAGCGCGGGAGCGAGCGGUUGGCGGGAGAGAGAGAGAGGAUGGUGAUUACGGCGAGGUGGAGAUGAAUUGAAGAGGAACUGCGAUGCUGCUCCGGCCAUCGGCGGCCGAUUUGACGCGUGAUUGGAAGAUUAAUGGAGCGGGAAGAGUAAAAGGGAAAUGAGUGGAUGCGAUUACUCUAACGUAGCGACUCUAUCCGAUAGACGCGUCCGCUGACUAGCGUCUUCUUAAAAGGGUUUACUACAAACUGAACUGGUAAACCUAUCUCCUCUUUCAUUCCCCACUCCCUGCUCAUUCACCCAUAGCUGAAAGUCGCGAGCUUGUGAUCAAUUCCUGAAGAUUCUGAAUUGGUUCUCGGGUAAGACCCUAGAUCUUAAAUUUCACUGAGGUGGUUUGUGUUUACCGUCUGUUGAGGUUUUUGUUGGUAACAGACACUUUUUUCUUGUGUGCAUUGGCUGGAAAAGAACGGAACAAAUGUUGUCUGGUUUACUGGCUGUGUGUUUUCUAGAGGUGUAUAUGAUCUGGUCUAGUUUCGUGACCUAAUUUUGCUGCUUGUUUCAUCUGUAGAAGAGGAUGGAGCUUACCGGGUCGAAUGCUAUCGCUUCGUCAUCCUGUUCCCCACAUCCUCUUCCAGUGGUAGAGUAUGAGGUUUUCUUGAGCUUUAGAGGUCCCGACGUGCGCACGACUUUCGCAGAUUUCCUCUAUAGACUCCUGGAUCGUCCCAAGAUACGGACCUUUCUCGACGAUGAGGAGCUUCGCAAGGGGGAGAUGAUUUCCCCUUCUCUCGUCAAGGCAAUCGGGGAGUCCAGAAUAUACAUCCCGAUCCUUUCCCCAGGUUAUGCAUCUAGCAAAUGGUGCCUCCAGGAGCUAGCUCUGAUGGUGGAACGAUACAAGCAAGAUGAAGGUAGCCACAUCAUAUUGCCCAUUUUCUAUUUGAUGGAGCCUAGAGAUGUGCGACAUUGUAAGGGUUCCUAUGAGGAAGCAUUGGAACAACAUAGAUUAAAGUAUGGUGAAGAAACCAUUAGGGUCUGGAAGGAUGCACUCGAGGAGGUCGGGCAAAUGACUGGGUGGCGUGUAACCGAAUCAGAUAGACAGGGAGUAGUGGCAGAAAGCGUGUUCUCUGAGGUGUGGUCACACAUAAAGGGGAAUUACACAUUAUUGACGAAUGAGCUGAUUGGAAUCGAUUCUCACGUAAACCAUGUGAUGGAGUUGCUAAAAUCAGAUUUUGAAGGCGGCAUCAAUGUCGUUGGCAUUCAUGGUAUGGGCGGUAUCGGUAAGACCACUAUUGCCAAAGCCGUCUAUAACAAGGUCUUCACACAAUUCGAACAUCAUUGUUUUCUAGAAGAUGUACGAGAAACACUAUCGUUGAAGAAUGAUGGUGUUACAACUCUGCAAAGUAAGAUUAUUUCUAGCAUCUUAAGAGAUGAUCACAUGGUUAGAGAUGCUAGUCAAGGAAUCCACAUUAUAACAAAUAGAGUAUGCCCCCGCAAGGUUCUCAUUGUUCUUGAUAAUGUGGAUGAUCGGUUUGAGUUUGGGCAAAUCUUAGGUGAAGUAAGAAAAUUUUCUCCUGAAAGUAGAUUUAUCAUCACAACAAGAGAUAAAAGGGUGUUGGAGUUGCUUCAAGUAUCUAAGUUGUAUGAACCUAGUGGGAUGAGUCAUGACCACUCCCUUCAACUACUUCGAAGACAUGCUUUUAGAAUGGAUAACCCCCUAGAAGACAAGACUACUUUGUGCGAAGAGUUUGUAAAAGUUGCUGGGGGACUUCCUUUGGCUCUUGAAGUUAUAGGGUCUCUUUUGUUUCGUAGAGAUAGAAAAUUCUGGGAGGCGAAGUUGAUAGAACUAAAGAGAAUUCCUCCCACCAAGGUGCAAGAGAGAUUGAAAAUAAGUUAUGAUGAGUUGAGUGGUAGUGAAAAAACAAAUUUUUCUUGACAUUUCUUGUGUUUUUAUCGGAGAAAAUAAGGAAUUGCCUUUCUAUAUGUGGAGUGAUUGUAAUUUUAAUCCGGAAAGUGGAAUUAGUACUCUUAUUUUGAGGUCCUUGUUAAAGGUGGACGUGGAUAACAAGUUUUGGAUGCAUGACCAUGUACGAGACAUUGGGAGAAUGAUAGUUCGUGAAGAAGAUGAACAACAUCCUUGGAAGCGCACAAGAAUAUGGUCCAACGAGGAUGCUGUAGAUAUGUUAAAAAAUGGAGAGGUAUUACGUUUCCAGUACUCCAUUUUUGUUUCUGGUGCAUACAAGAAUUCGAUAGCAAAUUUUUUGAAAAUGUCACUUUUAGGUUAUGAACCACAAUGUUUUAUAAAUUUCUGGCAACGAAUGUUUCUAUACACGCAUGCUACAAAGUUGUUCUUAACUAUACAGGUACAAUAUUACUUGACAUUUUGUAUAUUAUUAAUUUCUUGAUGUUCAAAUUCGUAAGAUUAUUGGUUGUUCCUUAUGGUAUUCUCCCACCUCAUUUCCCUUUUCCUAUAUUAUUUUGAUUGCUCAAGAUAGGAUAUAAAAUUUUUGUGUGUAUGAUUUCAUUUUAGCAGGGAGCCGACCUGGUGGAAGUUCUUAAAGUUGACAUGCGUUAUGAGGAUUUUGAACUCAUGGAGAAGGAAUUUCGGAACUUGUCAAAGUUGAGAUAUCUCGAAGUGCACUCUGGAAGGCUGACUGGAGAUUUCAAGAAUAUUCUUCCGAAUCUACGUUGGUUGCGUCUUCAUUAUUGCCGUUCAAUCCCUAUCAAUAUCAAUAUAACGAGAUUGGCAGUUCUUGAUCUGAGAUUCUGCCCUGUGCGAGAUGACUGGAGAUGCUGGGAUAAAAUCAAGGUUAUUACCAUUCCUACUUCAUUUCAUGUUUAUGAAGAUUAAAUUUAUGUCUUUGUAAUAUCAGAUGGCCAUGGGUGGGAAUUGGUCAAAAUGAUCUAUUUUGGACAUUGAAUCUGACAUUGGAGAUUUUGAUGAGAGAUUUUCGGUUCUUUAAUACUUCUAUCAUUAACGAAUAAUGAGAUGAUCCAUUUCUAACCAUCUACAAUAUAAAAUCUAACAUUCA